GGUAUGCCAUAACCUAAAUAAAAUCCAAUGUUUUGGUGAUAAUCAGUGAUAAUAAUUGUUCAAAUUUUAACAAAAACAGUAUGCGAUAUAAUAUUUUAUAGUAAAAUAAUCAUUUAAUAAGUGUAAAUUUUUUAAUUGGGGUGGUAUAAUUAACAUUUAACGGAAUUAGUGUGCCCUAACCUAAAUCAAAACAAAGUUUUUUAGUGAUAAAAAUUGUUUAAAUAAUUGCGUAAACAUUACGUUAAGGCCAAUAUACCUAUAAUGAUAUAAUAGUUUAAUGAGCCUAAGAUUUAUAAUUGAUACGCUAUAAAUUAAUAACCAGUGUAAUCAUGAAACUGUACUGUUUAAGCAACGAUCCAAAUAAACCAUGUCACAUUCUUACAUUCAAAGAAAUAACAAUAAUGUUGGAUUGUGGUCUUUCUAUGCAAUCGGUGCUAAACUUUCUUCCGCUAUCAUUUGUUGCAUCCAAUAAAUUGCUUAAUUUGCCUUUCUGGACUCCACAGAAUGUCUCUGAACCAGAGCUUGAAGGAGAACUGAGAGAAAACUGUGACAGAGUCUUUAUAGAUUCCCCUCCAGAGUUUUGCCCACCAUUAGAUAAACUGAUUGAUUUUGCUCAAGUUGAUAUAAUAUUAAUUUCAAAUUAUCUCUGCAUGAUGGCCUUACCAUUUAUUACAGAGGGGACAGGUUUCCAAGGCCGGAUAUAUGCAACAGAACCAACUUUACAAAUUGGAAGGCUUCUUCUUGAAGAAUUGGUCUUAAACAUUGAGCAAUGCCCAAAAGCAAAUUUUGCUAAUCAAUGGAAAAAUUUCGUCCAUAAAUUGCCUUAUCCCCUAAGUGACUCCUUUAAGCCCAAAUCUUGGAAAAGAAUAUACAAUAUGAGCAAUGUAAAUGCCAGCUUAUCAAGAAUACAAAUGGUUGGAUACAAUGAAAAACUGGAUGUAUAUGGGGCCCUUCAGGUGAUACCUGCAAGCUCUGGCUACUGUUUAGGCUCAAGUAAUUGGGUCAUUAGUUCGGAUCAUGAGAAAAUAGUUUACUUGAGCGGUUCAAGUACACUGACCACACAUCCCAAACCCAUGGAUCAUCAUGCAUUAAAAAAUGCAGACGUCCUUAUAAUGACGGACCUUACGCAAACCCCUAUUAGUAACCCUGAUGGAAUGUUAGGUGUCCUUUGUGUUGUAGUAGGUUUAACACUAAGAGGUGGUGGCAAUGUAUUAAUUCCCUGCUAUCCUACAGGAGUGGUGUACGAUCUUUUCGAAUGUCUUUCAGUAAAAAUGCAGGAAUUAGGAGUGUCAAAUUGUCCAAUGUUUUUCAUUUCACCUGUAGCCGACAUGUCUUUAGCAUAUUCUAAUAUACUUGCCGAAUGGUUGUCAUCAGUAAAGCAGAAUAAAGUUUAUGUCCCUGACGAACCAUUUCCUCAUGGAUUAUUAGUUAAAAAUUCAAAAUUGAAACAUUUCAAGCACAUUUACUCAGAAGGAUUCAGUACCGAUUUUCAGGAGCCAUGUGUGGUAUUCUGCGGACAUCCGAGCUGCAGAUUUGGAGACGUUGUACAGUUUAUAGAACUAUGGGGCAACAAUCCGAGAAAUUGUAUUGUUUUUACGGAACCAGAUUUUGACUACAUCGAUGCACUGGCACCGUAUCAACCCCUCCAAAUGAAAGUGGCCCAUUGUGCGAUUGAUACUUCUUUAAAUUUUACCCAAGCAAACAAAUUAAUAAAAGACCUAAAACCAAGCACAUUAGUUGUUCCAGAAUGUUACACUGUGCCUCCAGUUUCAGCACCCAAUCUAACUGAAUUGGUGAUAGAGAACAACCCUGACAGAACCCUUAUCCCAUACAAAUGGGGAGAGGUAAUAAAUUUGCCCCUUAAACGUAAGCAAGCUCAGGUUUUUGUCGAGAGAGAAAUAGCCCAGAAAAUUGUGCCCGUGGAAAUAAAACCGGGAAUCAGUUUGUCUUCACUUACAGGCACUUUAAAAGUAAAAGACAAUGUACAUAACAUGGAAAGUUUAGAAAAGAUUAAGGAUCCAAACUAUCAAGCUAACAUACAGUAUGAAUGGGGCUCUUUAAACGUAACCGAAUUUUUACAAAAACUUUCACAAGAUGGAAUAACAGACGCAAAAGUUGAACCCAGUGGAAGCGGAGUGAUGAUACAUUUGCAAGAUGAAGAUGCACUGAUACAAAUAGAAGAAAAUUGUACGCACGUACUGUGUAACAGUGAUGAAAAAUUGAGAAUGAGGCUUAGAAAUAUGCUGAUGCACUGUCUGAAGAAGUUCUAGCCUGUACACGAAAUGUUAGGCUUAAAAAUAAAGACUGUAAAAUAUAUAAUUAUUUAUUUUUUAUCCUGUUAACCAAAUUAAUGAUAAAAUAUGUAAGAAGUAUUAAGUAUCUGUAAAAUGAGAACGAUGAAUAAAAGAUAAAAACGU